CAACUUUGUUAUAGGACCUCAUUUCAAGCACUGAGAGUAAAACGGACAUUUUCAGACUGCUGCUACAGAAGCAAAUCAGCCAUACAGCCGUCUUUCUUAAGAUGGACACGCGUGGACGGAAGAAGGCCGUUUCAAAUGAAACAUCUGAGGCAAAUGUUCUACCACCACAGCAGAGUAAAGCAGUAUCGCCAACCGUCUUGCAAGACUUGCAGAUCAUGAAGAUGCAUCUUGAAACUGAAAAAGAAAAAAAUAAAUGUCUUCAGGAAACAAUAAAACAUCUUCAAUCUGACAAGGAAUUCCUUAAGGAGCAGCUUUCACGAAUGACAGGUAGACCAUCGUCAAGCCCUUCAGUGUCCAGUGUUUCAGGAUCAUCUACAGCCACUCCCAAAGUAAAAGGAAAGAAGGCUAUUGGAACAGAGGAAGAGUCAAGUGGUGAGAUAGCAGUUCUCUCCACAGAAUCAUCAACUAUCGAUGAAUCAUCUGAUGAGGAGAUGAAGCCUUUUUCGAAGGGGAAGAAACCAAGAUCAGCAAAGCAAGAUGACCUGAGUCGCACUCGAGCGAAAACUGUUCGUGGAGUAAUCCUGCGUUACAAGCGUGCCCUACAAGCCUUUAACCAGGGUGGGUCGAUGAAGAAGGCUUUCCAAAAAGUGGGAGUGGACCGCAACACCAUAUCCAGGUCAUCACCGAUUGCUGAGCUUGCUCUAGCGGCACCUGGUGUCUUUCAGGCUCUCCCCCCCUGGAAUGCCCAAGUGGAGAAGUUGUCAACAUUUGUGGACAGGUGUCGAGAGGCAACGACUGAUGAAAUCAAGGAAAAAAUCAUGCAAAUGAAAUCAUGUGGAGAACUGUUACCCAUGAGCAACUGAGGCAUAGUUCAGGAUUUAAUUUGUUCAGUUAAUUAAGUUAAGAAGUAUGGGUAACACUUUAUAAUAACUUUCAUUAAUAAGCUUUUAACUAAUGAUAAGUAAAUGUGAACAAAGCAUUAGUUAAUCAGAAUUUGAAUAUCAACAAAUGUUUACACAUGGCACUUAGUUUUCAGCAUGGAUAUUCAUAUUUAGAAAUGUUAACAAAUCAUCAGAAUUUGAACAUUAAUAAAUCACCUGACAAACCUGACAAAUGUUUAUCAAUUAAAGUUCAUGUUUCCAAAGUGUUCAUUAAUAUUUACAAAUAUGUUAGCCACUUUUUAGUUCCGUAAAAUGUGAAAAACAAUAGUUAUUAAUCAUUAGUUAAUGGUAUAUUAAUUAAAGUUAUUAUAAAGUGUUGCCUAAAUAUGUUCUUUUUGAAGGACAUAUUUUUUCAGCUUCUCCUGAAUUCUUGAAAAUGUUUUUUCAGGCAUAGUUCAGUAGUAAAAAUGUUCAGAUAAAAAUAAGUGUGUUCUUUUUGAAGGAGCAGAUUUUUUAUAUCCUUGUGAGUUCUAGAAUAUGUUUUGUCAUUAAUACUUACGCAUUGAAAAUGUUCAGAUAAUAAGUGAUUUCUUUUUGAAGGAGCAGGUUUUUUUAGAUUCUCUUAAAAACAGAAAAUGUAAAAUAUUAAUGGUUUUGGGUUAUAUGUUUGUAAACUCGCAUCUUUUUUGUAUACAUCCAUUAAGUAGAUUUGAUGUAAAAUGUAUGCAUUGUUAAUAAAUGCUACCCUUGUUUAAAGUACAAACUA